AUUGGCUCGGGGCGAGGAGAGCGGAGCGGCGGAGCCGCCGCCUUGCAGCCGGGCCCGGGAGUCGGGGAGCCGGCCGCGCCGCCGCGAUGAGGACGGCUGUGGUGCUGCUGCCGGCGCUGGCCGCGCUGGGCGCCUACUACGUGUACCUGCCGCUGCCCGGCACCAUGUCGGAGCCCUGGAAGCUCAUGCUCAUGGAUGCUUCUUUCCGGGCCAUCCAGGAGACGUGCAACCUGGUUCACUAUCUAAGACUCAGCCAUCACUUGACAGUCCUGAAUUAUGUGAUUGGUGUCCUUGACAAAUUGGAGAACCCAUCCUCUGAACUGGUGAAGAUCAAAGAUACCCAGUUUGAUGGAGUAGAAGUCAGAGUGUUUGAACCUUCCAAGAAGGAGGACAAGGCACUAAGGCGUAGCGUGGUUUACAUCCAUGGUGGAGGUUGGGCCUUGGCAAGUGCAAGAGCAAGCUCCUAUAACAAUCUCUGUAAAAUCAUGACAGAAUCUCUGAAGGCUGUAAUUGUGUCAAUUGAAUACAGGCUGGUCCCAAAGGUUCAUUUCCCUGAGCCAUUCAACGAUGCUUUCCGUGCAGCUAAGCAUUUUUUGCAGCCUGAUGUCCUAGCAAAAUACUCGGUUGACCCAAGUCGAAUUGCAAUAUCUGGUGAUAGCGCAGGAGGGAAUUUGGCUGCUGCUGUGUGCCAGCAGCUGAGUCGAGACACCAGUGUAACUAACAAACCAAAACUGCAGGCUUUGAUUUAUCCAGUCCUUCAGGCAUUAGAUUUUAACACCCCUUCAUACAGACAGAACAUGAAUAUGCCUGUUCUUCCCCGAUUUGUCAUGAUAAAGUUCUGGAUAGACUAUUUCAAUGGUAAUCCUGACUUCGCCCACUCAAUGGUAAUUAACAAUCAUACUGCCCUUGAUGUGAGCCAGGCUGUUCCUUACAAGGGGCAUCUGAACUGGAGCUCUCUCCUCCCUUCAGUAUUCAAAAAGAACUACAAGCCUGUAAUACAAACCACAGGGAAGGCUGAAAUCCUCCGGGAAAUACCUGAACUACUUGAUAUACGUGCAACUCCAUUGCUAGCAGAAAAAGACAUUUUGCAACUACAACCAAAGACUUACAUCCUGACAUGUGAGAAUGAUGUCCUUAGAGAUGAUGGGGUAAUGUAUGCAAAACGGUUAGAGAACGCUGGUGUGGAGGUCACACUGGAUCAUUUUGAGGACUGCUUUCAUGGCUGCAUGAUCUUCACUGUCUGGCCUACGGAUUUUUCUGCAGGACUUCAGACCAGGGAGAGCUACAUAAAGUGGCUUGAUCAAAACCUUUGAAGGAAGAAAAAUUAUCUCUAGAAAGCACAAAGUGGUCUAUCUAAAGCCCGCUGCUUCCAAAAAAAAAUGUGCACUUUUACUCUGACAUCAUCCAUUCGAGAUUGUGUCAUAGCCUUCAUUUUGUGUACCACUAACUGCUUGGUUCAUUAGCUUGAAUAGCCUUGACAGGCAUAGCAAUUUGUAAAAUGCUUUUUUAAAAAGCUAGUCAAUGUGAGUUUCAGGUGGUGCCUUAAUUGCUGCCACAAUGAAUAAAUCCUGAGCAGGUGUAAGCAAGUACAUCAGUAUUCCUGAAACUUAAGUCUGAAAAUUCCUGAAACAGAAUUUUCAAGUCUGGCUACCUACUAUUAGACAAAGACCACAGUUUUCAAAAUGGAGUCACUAACAUUAGCCAUCUCAAUCUUUUAUUUAGGCACUUAACUAGGAGAAGCCUACUUUUCAGACUAGCUAAGCAUCCGCACGCUUGACUGAAGAAGCCAAGGGAUGCUGUGGGUGCCCCUCCACCUUGAAAAGUGGUGAAGGUGCUCAACAGUGAAUUUAGGCACUGGGCCUUUAAGGAUAUAGACUUACUGUUAUUUAUUAAUUUUUUUAAAUUCCAGUUUUGAGGCAGUUGAAAGGCAAGCUUCUUAGCCAAAAAUGGAAACUGCUUUGCAAUUUGGCCCUUAUUAUGAUAGUUCCUUUAAACCAACACAGGGUUAAAUAGCUUUUAAAAAGGAAGUAGCAUAGGGAAGUCCUUCUUUUGGUUUUAAGAGAGAUAACAUGGGGCCUAUAAGGCACACUGCUCCUACACAUACUUGUUGUAAAACAGUGAUUCUCAACUAGUGUGCCACAGUUGAGAUCCUUUCAAGGGUACCACACAAUGUUAACACUGUUAGGUGUGCAAACAUGAUUCACAAGACGAACUGAGAGAUUUAAACACGGAUCCAAAGUGUUAAAAUCAUCUGACCUAUUAUGAUUUUUCUGAGUCCUUUUGCAACAGAAAAACUGAUCUACUAUUUUUCCAUUAAAAAAAAAAAAACAAGUGAAAACUAAGAACUGGCAUUUUCCAAGGGCUGCCUCAUAUCUAUAAACAGUUGGGAACCCCUGCUAUAAAGGCUUACACAAAGCACUUUAUGCAAACAAAAUAAAAACCCUAAAGUCCACACAGAUUAAAAAAACAGUCAAAAGGCACCACCAGUGUCUUGCCACUACAAUGGGAGUAGGUAUUAGUUAUCAGGUUAUGUGUAGAACUAGAUCUUACAUGAAUUUACCACUUUACGGUUGCAUUUUUGGCUAACUGCCCUGCCUGUGUCUCGCUUUAGAGCCUUUUCAAUUUUAUGACCACUUUAAAAUAAAUAUGAAGUGUUCUAAAAAUAACUCCUGUGGUUUGCACUAGUGUUUGUAUUUAAUGUUAGCAAUUUUUGUUCGUUGAAUUUCUGCUGUGCUUGUAGCUUCCAGUCCAUUGUCUUCCAUGCUUGCUGGAAGCAAGCAAGCAAAAUCACAAGAGCUAGGCUUGAAUCUGCAGUCUAGAUCCAGCCUGAAACUCUGCUGCAUCUCUUCCUACCAUGGACUGAAUCCAAAUCUCAGAAAGGAAUAGCCUUGGCUAUUAUGGAAAAUAACUGGAGAACCAUGACUUGAACUUGUAAGACAAGGAAAUGGAAGCUACUUACAACAGUGUUUAUGGAAAAUAACUGGAGAGUCAUGACUGAACUUGUAAGACAAGGAAAUGGAAGCUACUUACAACAGUGUUUAUUCUGCAUAAUGUUUAUUACAUGCAAAA